AUUGCGACGUUACACUCGCAACAACUGCACUUUCUCACCUUCCUCAUCUGUCCUCCGACCAUGGCCAGUUCCACUUGACCUGCAGCCGAUGAUGAUGCGAUGCGUUGCUGCAUAGCUUGUACAAUAUAAGCCCUGCGCCACUGGAAGAUACUGUAUUGCUCGGCGUAGGCCUUGUCUUUUGCUUGCUUCACCGCGUCACCAUGGCGCCCUUUUCUGCUCUGUUCUCCCUGGCACUGGCUGUUGUCUCAAGCGUGAAUGCAAUUGAUGUUCGCCUGGGUGCAGACUUGAGGUCUGAACAUAUCCACAAGGCUCCAGCUCUAUCUAAGCGUGCGACACCCGAAGGACUGUCCGCCAAGUACCCAGCACACAACUUCUCUGUUCCUAUAGAUCAUUUCCACAACGAGACAAAGUACGAGCCACACAGCAACGGCACGUUCCCACUUCGAUACUGGUUCGAUGCUUCCUACUACAAGCCUGGUGGCCCAGUGAUUAUCCUUCAAUCAGGCGAAACCAGCGGAGUGGGCAGACUCCCCUUUCUGCAGAAAGGCAUUCUGCACCAGCUAGCCAAAGCUACAAACGGCAUUGGCGUUGUGCUGGAGCAUCGCUACUACGGCACAUCGUGGCCUGUGCCAAACCUCUCGACCAAGAACUUCAGAUUCUUGACCACAGCACAAGCGCUGGCCGAUGAAGCAUACUUCGCGUCAAACAUUCAGUUCCCUGGUCUUGAGAAGUAUGGCGACCUCACGGCGAAGACUACACCCUAUAUCUCCUAUGGCGGCUCAUAUGCCGGGGCUUUCAGUGCUCUGCUGCGAGUGAUCUAUCCGGAUGUGUUCUGGGGCUCUAUAUCGAGUUCUGGCGUAACCAAAGCCAUCUGGGAUUACUGGCAUUACUACGUACCCAUUGCAGAGAAUGGCCCGCCAGGUUGCAUCGAAGCUCAUCGCAAGCUUGUCAGCUUUGUAGACGGCAUCAUCUAUUACAAGAAUGAUACUGAACUGUCUGGACAGCUGAAAAGCGUCUUCGGAAUGGAAGGCUUUGGACCCGAUAAUGCCUUUGCUCAAGCUGUGACAGUGAAUCCUCUGGGUGCCUGGCAAGCACUGAACUGGGACCCUGCCGUCUCAAGUAACGCUUUCUACAAGUACUGCGACAACAUAACCUCCACCAAAGUCCUCUACCCAGAAACCGAAAAAAGACGACCCGCCUUAGAGACCUUAAUCAAAGCAUCCGGAAGUACAGCAAACCCAACCUCACUCCUAAACAUAAUAGGCCACUUCAACGCAACCCAACUCCAAGACCAACGAGACUCCAACGAAACCCUCCAAUCAUACUUCGACUCCAGCCACAACGAAACCUACAACGCCCAAACCUCCCUCCCCCUCGCCGAAUGGAAAAGCUGGCCAUACCAAUACUGCACAGAAUGGGGCUACCUCCAAACAGGCAACACCCCACCCGAAUACGGUCCACCCCUCGUCUCCCGCACAAUCGACACAGAAUACCUAUCUCUAGUCUGUAAAUACGGUUUCAACAUCACCAAACCCGCAAACGUCGACAUCAUAAACCAAUACGGCGGCUACGAUCUCUCAUAUCCACGCCUCGCGAUCGUAGACGGAGCAUGGGAUCCUUGGUACCCAGCUACACCCCACGCCUUUGAAUUCGGAGCGAAGAAUCGGAGUAGUACAGCUUCAGAACCUCUUAUUUUUAUUUCCGAGGCCGUUCAUCAUUGGGACGAAAACGGCCUUCUACCAAACGAAACGACAGCCGAGCUCCCACCCUCCAGAAUCGUCAAGACGCAGAGAUAUCUAGUGGAAGCGGUAGAGUCGUGGAUGCUUGAAUGGGAACUUGCGAAGCACUCGUGGCAUCAGGAAGUUUAGAGUUUCGGAAGUGCUAUAUGCAUAGAAUUGCAUUCAAUAUCGGCAGUGAAGAAGUCAUGAAGUUUUACAUGAAUAGAUAAGGAUGAAUGACAUGACUCAUUUCUGACAAGGUGAUAGACUCUACUGUGGUUAGUCCGCCUAUUCAUGAAC